GAAGGAAGCAACGCCCAAGAUACGCUGUUCGCGAGCCUGAGUUUUCCGCAGUGUCUCAUGAUUGCCUGCUUUGUAUAGGUAGCUGGUAGCCUCUCCGGUGCUCGGCAGAGCACUUUUAGUGGGGUUUAGACAGAUUACGGGCUAGACAUGGCCCCGCUUGAGCUUGCUUUACAAGGGCUUGCCUUAUUUGGAUUAAUUCUGUUUAUUGUUCUUUGGCUGAUGCAUUUGAUCUCUAUUAUCUAUGUUCGACUUCACCUCCACAAGAAGAGUCCAGACAAACAGCCAUAUAGCAAGCUUCCAGGAGUGUCUCUUCUAAAGCCCCUUAAGGGUGUGGACCCCAACCUACUUAGUAACUUGGAGACCUUCUUUGAACUUGACUACCCCAAGUAUGAAAUUCUGCUUUGCGUGCAAGAUGAUGAUGACCCUGCUAUCAAUGUGUGUAAAAGACUUCUUGGAAAAUAUCCCAAUGUGGAUGCCAGGCUGUUUGUCGGGGGAAAGAAAGUUGGCAUCAAUCCCAAAAUAAACAACUUAAUGCCAGGCUAUGUGGUGGCCAAGUAUGAUCUUGUCUGGAUUUGUGACAGCGGAAUACGUGUGAAGCAGGACACCCUCACCGAUAUGGCCAGUCAGAUGACGGAGAAGGUGGGGCUUGUUCACGGCCUGCCGUAUGUCGCCGACAGGCAAGGCUUUGCUGCCACCCUGGAGCAGGUGUACUUUGGGACAUCCCACCCCCGCUCCUACAUCUCCGCGAAUGUGACGGGCUUCAAGUGUGUGACUGGAAUGUCCUGCCUCAUGAGGAAGGAUGUUCUGGACCAGGCUGGUGGCCUCAUCGCAUUCGCCCAGUACAUCGCUGAGGAUUACUUCAUGGCCAAAGCCAUCGCAGACAGGGGCUGGAAAUUUGCCAUGGCAACGCAGGUGGCACUGCAGAAUUCGGGUUCCUGCUCCAUCACACAGUUUCAGUCACGGAUGAUAAGGUGGGCCAAGCUCCGGAUUAACAUGCUCCCUGGAACCAUCUGCGAGCCCAUCGCAGAGUGCUUCGUGGCAAGCCUCAUCAUCGGCUGGGCGGCGCAUCACCUCUUCCACUGGGAUGUUAUGGUCUUCUUCCUGUGCCACUGCCUGGCCUGGUUCAUAGCAGACUACAUCCAGCUGCAAGGCAUCCAGGGGGGUCAGCUCUCCUUCUCUAAGCUGGAUUAUGCCGUUGCCUGGUUCAUCAGGGAGUCUAUGGCCAUCCAGAUCUUCCUGUCUGCCCUGUGGGACCCCACUGUGCGAUGGAGGACAGGCCGGUAUCGCUUGCACUGUGGAGGGACCGCGGAAGAGAUCCUGGAUGUGUGACACUGUCAGAAGCUGAGUACAGCUUCACAAAAAAAAAAAAUAAAUCGAAAAAAAGGAAAGAAGCUACUGAACAGCAAAGUGUGGAGACCAGGGAUGAGAAUGAGACAGUCAGAGACUUGGCCCUCCGGCUUUUUUAUUAUUAUUAUUAUUAUUUUUUUUUUUUUUUUUAAAGAUAUUACUUUUUCCCCCUUAUGUGAGUCAUGAAUUCCAUUGAGAGAACUUUCUAACCCAUUGAAGAGAGACGGUAUCAUAAGGUGUGUGUGUGAGCGCGCGCUUGUGUGCAUGCAUGUGCGUGUGUAUUAGCCAGAUGAGAAAUGGGCAGCAGUUAUGUGAAUAUUCAGACACGAGUUAAUAGAGAUUAUAAUGAAUAUUUUGGCCUAGGAUUUCAGAAGAAGAUGUGAAAUACUUAUACCAGAACAGUCAUUCCAAAGGACUUAAGAAGACACUGGAGAACGAGCAGUGCUUAGAUACGUGGUUAUUGGGUGGAAGUAACCAACCACGAUACGAGUUAUCACAGGUCAAUGACCUUUUUUUAUUUAGAUUUUUUUAAUUUAUGUAUUUAUUUUAUGUUUCCCAUUGUAUAAUUUGAUACUUUUUUAGACAUAGAUGUACAGCCUGUAGAUGUAUUACAGUUCUUGAAGCAGUUAGGAUUGAAAGGUGUGUGUGUGUGUGUGUGUGUGUGUGUGUGUGUGUGUGUGUGUGUGUGUGUGUGUGUGUGUGUGUGUGUGUGUGUGUGUGUAAAAUGUAUGAACAUAUUGCGUUUUGCCCUCGCAUACAUUCAAGGUCCUAGUGUUUUUGAUUUUUUAUUUUUUUUGUGUACAUGAUAUAGCAACAAGACUGGAUUUUUAUUUACAAUGAGUGGGCAUUAACCUCACUGUUUAUAUACAGUUCUUAUGUAAGUAGUUUCUUACCUUUUAACAUGAUGUGUUUCAUCGGUUCAUGUAAAUAACAAAAGGAUUCUUCAAUUACAUGAGCACAUCCUCACUGUCUCCUGGAGGCAUAAAUCCGUUGUUUUGAUGCUAAAGUGUAACGUAAAGCGCAUCGUAACAUUCAGUUUUCGUUGCUGCCAAUCAUUUUGAUUUUUGUCAGGUGUUUUGUCUUAGUUGGACUUUAAUUAUCUUAACCGUAAUAGUUUUAAAAAUGUAUAGUUAAUGACCUGCGUAUCUGAAGAGCCUGUCCCUGAAUAUGAGGAAUACUCUGUGAACAUGCAAACUUAAUGCAGUCAGAAUCUCGACCCGUAAGCUAUGAAGAGAUCGUGACGACCUCUGAGCUGCAGUGGUGACAAGUGGUUUGUAUAUAGGGAAUAGCACCAAUAGGAAGCAUAAAGUGUGUGUGUGUGUGUGUGUGUGUGUGUGUGUGUGUGUGUGUGUGUGUGUGUGUGUGUGUGUGGGUGUGGGUGUGGGUGUGUGGGCGGUGGGGCUACAAUGAUACAAAAUUAUAAGUGGUAAACCUAAAUCUUUACAUUGUGUCGCAGCUGAAAUCCCAAUUAUUUUGGUGACCAGAGAAAGGCAGAGGAGUUAUAAAGGAAGCUGAUCUCCACCUGUCCAAAGCAACUGAUAUAUGAUGGGGAUGCCCCCGCAAAGAGCGCUAAACAGACGGCUACCGUGCAGCAGGUCCCUUAAAAACACAUUUUGAUCCACUACAGUGAAACCACCUGCUUGUGCCAUUAUCAUUAUAAAACGAAGGGGUACACCAUUACACCAGAACUGCAGGCUCCUUUUAGAAGGGAACCAUCAAGAAUUUUUACGGGGGUGGGUGGGACUGUUGGUUAAUUCUAUAUGACCAAUGGCUUAUUUUUCACAUGUACCAUUUCAUCCCCCCAUCAUAAGGAAGUAAUCCACACUGGUCAAGAGUAGGACUUGCAAUUUGAGAAAUAAUGUAUAGGGCUUGUGUAAAUUCUUCUGCCUAUCAGAUGCAGAAUAUGCUGUUAUUUGGGGGUUACUGGAUGUAUGCCAUACAAAUUACUCAUUUAAUCAUAAUCACAAUCGUGUGAGAGCUGCCAAGUUAACAAUUUCACUUUUUAGAAACAUUUCAUUAUUUCGCCAUGUGCUGCAGGUUGGUAAAGGGCACAGGUGUUACAAGUGUUAAUGUUCUAUGAAGUGGAGUCAUGAUCCAUGAAGAACUUUGGGUAUAUAUAGUUGAGUGAAUUUAAGAUUUAUUAGAAAACAACAAUAACAAACAAGGAUACAAGUCAAUGUAAAAAAUCUUCAGAAUCUCAAAAUGUAAUUGCUGCAUUUGUUGUGCUGUGGCACAUUACAAUCCCAGGAUUAAAGACUAUACACAUUGGACUCUGGAAA